GAGCCCGCUAACGCGCACGCGCGAGCCACAUACCCUGUGUUCGUCCGGUAUCCGAAGUUCCCGGGUUCGUCAUGUCGGCGUCUGUGGUGUCCGUCAUCUCCCGGUUCCUGGAGGAGUACUUGAGCUCCACUCCACAGCGGCUGAAGUUGCUGGAUGCCUAUCUCCUUUAUAUAUUGCUGACCGGGGCGCUGCAGUUCGGCUACUGUCUCCUCGUGGGCACCUUCCCCUUCAACUCUUUCCUCUCUGGCUUCAUCUCUUGUGUGGGCAGCUUCAUCUUAGCGGGACACCAGGCACACAAGUGGUACACAGACUUACAUGAAGACAAAAUACCUGUUUGCUUGAGAAUACAGAUCAACCCCCAGAACAAGGCGGAUUUCCAAGGCAUCUCUCCUGAGCGAGCCUUUGCUGAUUUUCUCUUUGCCAGCACUAUCCUGCACCUCGUCGUCAUGAACUUCGUCGGCUGAGCCGCUCCCAUUUCCUUACCGUGGAGUUGGAGACUGGCAGAGUGCUCACUCUUUGACGUCUCCUGGAUCAGAAUUCUUGAGCUGGCAGCUUGUCGUACAUGGAUUCUUCAGACUCGUGCUCAGCUAUGACUCUUGCUGGACGUGAGGUGGGGCGUCCAGAGAACUCCCUUUGCUCUGUUGGACCAACUCCACAGUGCGCGUCUGUUAACACAGAAUCUGCCUCCCCUCAGUGUAACCCUUACUUUCCAAAUUAAAAAACAUUUCUCUGCCACUC